UAACAUGUACCGACGGUGCAACGAAUCAACCCCGAGGCUCAAAAAAUACAUAUCCUCCUUUUCGAAGACGACGAUCUGAGUGUAGUUGCAAGUAGUUCAGCUCUCUAAUAAUGGAGGAGAAACGGAAGGACGCCGGAACUCCACCACCGGCGGCUGCCGACACGCCGACGAAAGCGGCUGAUGUUACGUCUGCCGAGGCACCUACGUCUCGUCGGAGAGGCGGCGGCCAGAAACGAAAAGCAAGCGCCAUUGGAAGCGGCGGCGCCGGUUCGACUCCUCCGUCAACUUCGUCGAAGCGUCAGGCGCGUGACAAGCAGUCAUCAGUACCUUUUCCACCGAUCCACAACGGUCCCCUCACGAGAGCUGCACGCCAGCAGCCAAACAACGCCCCCGCCCCCGCCCCCGCCGCAGCUGCUUCUCCGUCUGGUUCUGGUGUCAAGAGUGAAUCGGAGGUGCUGCCAACGGCUGUGGCCGGCGGAGAAGAGGCGUUGAAGGUUGAGCGAGAGUUAAAUGAAGCUAAGGAGGAUUUGGAGGCAUUAGAGGCUGAAAUUGAAGCUGAAAUUGAGGCAAUUAGAUCCCGAGAUCCUAAUGCUCACGUUGUUCCGACUCAUGCCGGUUGGUUUUCUUGGACAAAGGUUCAUCCUUUGGAGAAGCGAACAAUGCCGUCGUUCUUCAGUGGGAAGUCAGAAAGUAGGACUUCAGAAAUAUACAUGGAGAUACGGAAUUGGAUCAUGAAAAAGUAUCACGCUGACCCCAACAUUCAAAUUGAGUUGAGUGAUUUGUCUGAGCUCUCAUCAGGAGAUUUGGAUGCAAAGCAGGAAGUGAUGGAGUUUUUGGAUUACUGGGGUUUAAUUAAUUACCACCCGUUCCCUCAAACUAAUUCAGAUAUUAGAGUUGAUAUUGAUGCAGACGAGUCAGCAAAGACAGAUUCUUUGGUUGAUAAGUUGUUUCGAUUUGAAUCAGAUGAAACAUGGACCCCGGUUCUUCCGAGGUCUAGUGUAGCUACUCCUAUGUCUUCUGGGUUCUUUCCAGAGUCAGCUAUUGCUGAAGAACUGAUGAAGUCUGAGGGGCCAGCUGUUGAGUACCAUUGUAACUCUUGUUCAGCGGACUGCUCAAGAAAGCGGUAUCAUUGUCAAAAGCAGGCAGAUUUUGACUUGUGUAGCGAAUGCUUCAACAACGGGAAGUUUGGAUCUGGGAUGUUCCCUUCAGAUUUCAUUCUUAUGGAGCCUGCUGAGGCUGGCGGUGCAAGUGGUGGGAAGUGGACAGAUCAGGAGACUCUUCUUCUCCUUGAGGCGUUAGAGCUUUAUAAGGAAAACUGGAAUGAGAUUGCUGAGCAUGUGGCUACAAAGACCAAAGCUCAGUGUAUUCUGCACUUUAUUGAAAUGCCAAUAGAGGAUAUAUUCCUGGAUACUGAUGUUGAAAGUAACAAGUGUGUUAAAGAAAAAGAAGACUCAGUUUUGUCUAAAGAUGAUACAUCAGCCAGUAUUGAUGCCCCAAAAACAAAAGAGAGUAAGGAUGAUGGAAAUGACAAUCAGCUUUCCUCCACAGUGGAAACUUCAAAGCCGGAGAAUGUGAAUGAGCUAAUUCCUCGGGAGGAAGUUGGUGAGAACUGUGCACUCAACGCGUUGAGGGAUGCAUUUACAGCUGUUGGUUCUUAUCCUCCACUUGGAGAACGUGUUUCAUUUGCUGAAGCUGGAAAUCCUGUAAUGGCACUGGCAGCGUUCCUGGUGAAACUGGUAGAAGCUAACAGGGUUACUGCCUCAGUACGCAGCUCUUUGAAAUCCAUUUCUGGCAAUCCAUCUGGUGAGCAGCUAGCCUUAAGGCACUGUUUUGUUUUGGAAGAUCCACCAGAGGGGAAGACAUCACCUGAUUCAGAUAGACCUGCUAAUGGAUCAGUUGAUCCAGAAGAUAAGAAAGAUGAGGAUGAGAAUGUUGAAAUGCAGAAGGAAGAAAAAUUGACAUCAGUUAUCGAUGAGAAUGGCUUGUCAAUUGCACCAAACAAAGAGACCAAAGCUGAAGUGAACAUUGACAAAAAGUGUGAAGAGCAGGAUGGUAAAAACCAUGAAGACAAAAAUGAAAAUGAACUUGGAGAAGCGACGCAUUUGGUCUCUGCGAGUGACGGAAAUCCAGAGAAAUCUGAUACUUCAAAGCAAUCCAGUCAAAUUCCUACUGACAAAGAUGGGGAACCUGCAUCACAUAAAGGGCCAGAUGAUGCAGGGUUGGCAGUGGGAAAGGCACCAAGUACCACAGCAGAAUCAGAUGAUCUAACGUCUAAAUUAGAGCUCCCACCCGGAUUUGAAAAGGAGUCAGUUGAUAGAGCUUUAACAGCCAUGCCUUCUGACUCUCCAGAUACUCCUAAAGAUGAGGACAUGAUGCCUGUUGUGCAAACAAAGGAGCCUGAGCAAUCCGCGAAAUCGAACACUGUAGCUGAAAAUGAUGAAAAUACAGGGGCUGGAGAAGCGAAAGACUCUGUAGAUGGGAGAAAAGAUCCUUUGAAGACCAAAAAUGAUCUGGAUAUCGAUAAGAUCAAACGUGCAGCAGUCACUGCUCUGUCGGCUGCAGCAGUCAAGGCAAAAUGUCUUGCAGAUCAGGAAGAGGACCAAAUUCGGCAGCUUACUACGUCAUUAAUAGAGAAGCAGUUACACAAGCUGGAGAGCAAGUUAACCUUCUUUAGUGACAUGGAUAAUGUGGUUAUGAGGGUCAGAGAACUGCUGGAGAGGUCAAAACAGAGGCUUAUCCAUGAGCGUAAUCAAAUAAUUCAAUCAAGAUAUGCCUCUUCAUCUCGUCCUGUGCCACAACCACUACUUGCUAACAGGCCUGGGAUGGCUGCACCUAGGCCUCUAAAUGCAAUGAGCUCCCAAAGGCUACCGAAUUCAAGACCCAUAAUGGCAGGAAUUCCUACACCAAGCUCUUUUAUGCCUACAACAGUUUCAGGAAAUUCAAUGCAGCCCUCAAAGUAGCUUAAGCUUAUUCAGUUAGAACCAAGUAAUAUUUUCUCAAGUGCAUGUGGUUGAACUCAUCUAGAAAACAAAAGAGCAAAGAAUCGGUCUUCGAGUACCUUUCGUCAUGAUGAGUAUGUGUUUACCCUUUCAUCAUUGUUGUCCUCAUUACCUUAAACUUGCUAAUCUGCAGAAGUUAAAAGUUCUCUUUGUGUAUCCAAAUUCCAGCUGAAAGGAUUGGUUUAGAUAAUAGAUUUUGUUCUAUAUGAGAAGGAAUCUGAGGACUGAUAGCUAGAAUUCUGAGAACGUGUAAGUUAAAUAUUCAAGAUAUGGGACCUUGGAAAGAGCGGGGCAAUAGGUUGGUAAUGGUUCUCAGUUAUGAAAGAAUAGCUUGUUUUUGCAUCCUCUAAAGCUUAAAGUUCUUCUUUGUUUC